UUUGAAAUCUGUCAGCUGACAUCACGACAGCACUUCUGUGCAAGGCGAAAUAAGGAUCCGUGAGGAUGUCUGUAAGUGUCCAGCCUCUCCAGUGUACAGCUGACUGCAAGGACCAGAAUUUUGAUGGCAUAAUCUUGAUAUGCCAAAGUUAUGAGCAGCUUCCUGAUGAGCUGGAGUGUUUGAAAGCACCAUUACAGGACUACAGCGCAGUGGACUGUUGCGUCGGUGAAGAAAUCAUUUUUGACUUUUCUGCUUGUCUGUAUCAGUGUAACCUAGUUAUAUUUCUGUGUCAUCAGCCUUUAGAGGUGAGGGAGCACAAGUCGUCCCCUCAUAAGGUGGCUGUGCUGGGCAUCUGGGUGAAGAACCAGGCGCAGGGAGAAGCCGUUACUGAGCUGGCCACUGCUCUGGAGAGCGGCAGGCUUGUCUAUCGUGACAUCGGUGGCUCUGACCCGGAGCGAAUGGCUGCCCCACGUGUAGCUGAAUAUGUGCAAGCAGUUUUCAAGGAUAGCCCUGUAACGGUGACUGUAGUGAGUAAUUUGAAUACUCUGGAGAAGGAGUAUCCCUGUUUGGCUGCAGUCAACCGCUGUGCUAACACUGUGCCGCGCCACCAGGCCCGAGUGAUCAAGCUGCUGUACUGUGGGGAAGGACCCAUUCAACAGACCCUCAUGGUGGUUGGCAAGGGUAUUACGUAUGACACCGGUGGAGCCGACAUCAAGGCCGGAGGAAUCAUGGCUGGAAUGCACAGAGAUAAAUGUGGAUCUGCGGCUGUUGCUGGCUUCUUCCAGAUCUUAGCCAAACUAAAGCCUAAACACCUGAAGGUUGUGGGUGCAAUGGCAAUGGUGCGGAACAGUGUCGGAUCUGAUUGUUAUGUAGCUGAUGAGUUGGUGGUGUCUCGUGCUGGUCGCAGAAUCCGAGUUGGAAACACUGAUGCUGAAGGAAGAAUGGUGAUGGUGGACUUGCUAUGUGAGAUGAAGGAGCAGGCAUUGAAGGAGGUGUCUCCUCAGCUCUUCACUAUCGCCACUCUGACAGGACAUGCUAUCAGAGCCAUGGGACCUCAUUACUCUAUCAUAAUGGAUAACGGUGCUGCUCAACGCUCAGGAAACGCUCUGCAGUGGCAGAAAGCGGGAGAGGUGCUGGGAGAUCUGUUUGAGGUGUCCACCAUUCGUCGAGAGGAUUACGAGUUCCACAAAGGGAAGUCUGAGUAUGAAGAGAUCCUGCAGUCUAAUAACCUGCCCUCGUCCGCCACACCGCGUGGACACCAGACGCCUGCCGCCUUCCUCAUCAUGGCUUCUGGACUGGAUAAGCAUGGAGUGGACUCGGACAAACCUCUGCCUUACUCUCAUAUCGACAUUGCUGGAUCCAGCGGCCCCUUCCCUGGUGUCCCCACAGGCGCCCCAAUUCUUGCCAUGGCAACAAAGUACCUGGAGCUUUAAAUGCAUGUCCAAUGAUUUUUCUGGUCCUUCAUUAUUUCAGUUAUUUCCAUCUAGUGCCAUUUCUCGAUUAAUGGUUUUCAUAUCUGCUCCAUCUGACACAUUGUGUGUUCAUGUAAGACUGGGGCAAAUCAUGACCUUUGCUGCUUCUAACCCAUCUUGAACACUGUCCAUUUUCUCAUUCUGUUGUCACUCCAUACAUACAUAAAUGCAUCUCUUCAUGUCCUUAAAAACCUCUACGCUCCUCUUACUCACACACAAAAUCAUCUUAUCCGAUUAUUCUUUAGUACUGUGCACGUUUUCCGUUUCUAAUUAGCAUUUACCGAGCUGAAAGUGAAUUAACCAGUGUUUUAUUUCCGUUCUUACCUUGUAGCCUUAGUGUCUGAGUUGAACUGACAUGGAAGAAGAGGUGGGGAAGUUGAGCCAGUGAUUGAUAAUGAAUUUACAUCUGUGAAUUUGUUUGGCAAUACUGUGAGACGAAAAAUGCAUAUUGUACAACUGCCCAUUUUGUACUAGUAUAGUUGUGUGUAAUCUAGAAAAAAAA